CUCAAGAGGCCGUGGUCCAGCCACACGGUGGUCGCCGAACUUCGAGAUGAUUGACGGGAUGCUGUACCGCAAAAAGCUGGAAAAGGGCUUCAUCAACUACCGGGAGGUUUUGGAUGAGGACCGGCGGCAUGAGGCCAUCGCCACCUUUCACCGGCGGCGGGCCGGCCAGCGUCACCUCUCCCUGGAGGAGACCUACAAAUGUGUGGCUGAAAACUACUGGUGGGAGGGGAUGUACUUUCAGAUCAGAGACUUUGUCCUGAGUUGUCCAGAGUGUCUGAGCCAGCGCAGCAAGAGGACAGAGGAGCCGGGUGGCAGAGGAUGUGUCACAAAGACGAUUGCAUCGCACAGCGCGGACAUGCUAAGCAAAUUGAGGAGUCAGAGGGAGGCAGGGAUGUUCUGUGACAUUACCCUGCGGACAAAAGGGCAGUCCUACUCGGCCCACAGAGCCGUCCUGGCAGCUGUCAGCGAUCACUUCCAGGAAAUCUUUACAGAGAUGGAUACGAAUAUGAAAGCAGACAUAGAUCUCACUGGUUUCUGUGAGGACAGCCUUCUGCCUCUGCUGGAUUUCUCCUACUCCUCCACCCUGUGUGUUCGCCAGGAAGACCUACCUGAAGUCAUCACCAUGGCCCGCCACCUUGGCAUGUGGCCUGCAGUGGAAGCCUGCACUGCUCUCAUGAAAGAGCAAGAACUGCACCUACAUCCUGACAAGGACUUCACCUCAGCCUAUGCUGGUGCGUGCCACGAGCGUCAUCGGCAACAGAGGGAAAGCAAGAGGAAAGGAAUUUUGGGAUUAGGGAAUGACAUGAACAACAGCUUCACUUUAAAGCUGGAGGCAUCAGAUGAGUCUUUAGAAAUAAGUCCAAGGCGCAAUUUGCGCAGAACACCAAAACCCCAAGGUCAUAAUGGCCUCCCUUUGAGUCCUUCACACAGGAUGAAGCUCAUGGACUUCAAAUCUCCUUCCUCCAAGAAGGGAGCUGCACCUCGAAGUGCCAUAACCACCUCACAGUCACAGAACUACUCAUCCAUGUCCCCAUCGAGCACCCGUCUACUACGCUCUACUCCUGGAGCUGCACAGAAGGUUCAGAGAUUGCUGCCCAUGCCAGAAAGCCCUCGACGAAACAAAAAGGCUCACUCCAUCACACGGCUUUCCCGCGCCUCCAGAUCGAGGUCGAGCACGGUUUGUAGCCCUGUAAGAGUGAAGCAGGAAGUGGAGGAAGUCGUAGAGGAUGAAGAGGAUUAUGCACGAGCACAGGAGAAGUACAAGCUGAUGAAUGUUCUUGGGCUACAGAGGACCGCCCUCCUCCCCAGACCAGAAGAUCUGAUUGGCUGGAGACAGAAGAAACGACUCAGGAAGCUGAAGGCCAACAACUACUCACUGACCAAGAGGCGGAAACCCCGUGUCACCUCCCCGGCAAUACAGUAUACACUGUCACUUCCCCUCUGUGCCCCGGUCAACUCUUGCCUUCUCAGCAAGUCAGCAAAGAGCAAGUCAGUGGUUCCAGUCAGCCAAGUGAAGACGACACCUAAGAGGCAAAAGAGCACCCCUCAACAUGUGCCCCCAAGUGACAGGAGCAUGCGUAGUAAAGGGGCGCUUCCCGACAUGUUCCAGCCUGCAUCCAGGCCUGGCUACGGGGGACGAGAACUCAGACGGUCAGUGAGGAAGGGAGAGAGUGUCCACCGUCCUGUCCAGCAGCCGCUGCGACGCAACACCAGGAAAACCAUAGUGAGGAACACGGUUAGGAUAAAAACAGAACCAGCUGAAUACUCUAUCUCAGGUCUCUGUAUUCCAUCAAACCAUCACCAUGGCCACACACCUCAUAGAUCCACACCUCCACAGAGAACACAGGCCAGAAAUAAGAUCACCGUAGAGACGGUCAGGACGCUGCGUUACAACAGCAGCCGACCAGCCGCAAAGGCCAAGCUCAGGCGGGGGUCCGCAAGAGAGGUGGAGAAGACAAAGUGUAAACCCAGAGAGGAUGGCAGGAAGGUGGGGGGCCAAGGGAUGAGGGGGAUGAUGGACACCGGACCGAGAGUAAAGGAUAAUGAACCUGGCGGGCUCCAUUUAUCAGAGCAUGCUCCUCCACCAUCCAUUUACAACCACCCUCUGUAUAAAGUAAUUAAAGAGGAGCCAGCAGAACUCGUGCCAGUUGGAUCUUUCUCUGAUCCUCCCUCACCAGACCUGGGCAAGCGCCAGAGCAAGCCCCCCAUCAAAUUACUGGACUCAGGCUUUCUGUUUAGUUUCUGUCGACCAGCAGGGGCACCCAUGGCAGUACUAAAGAAAGAGGAGGAGAGCGUGGAUAUCUGCUUAACUCGCUCUGUGUCACAAGUUGGGAAGAAAUUUGGAGCUGAAGAGCCCCACCACAGGGCACUGAGAGCCAGAGGACCACCCACCUUGCCUGUGGUGAAGAGGGAGAGAGAGGAGAGGAGUGUGAGCCAAAGCAGGGUUCAGGGAGUCAGACGAAGCUCCCGAAACAACACUCAUCAUGUGGCCAAGCCUAGCGGGUCAAAGGCCACACAGAUCAAGCCAAAGCAACAAGGUAAUCUCCUCCUUGCGAGAGGCAGGAGCUGUGUCAUGUUGGACUCUGUUCGUCGAGCGAGGUUAAAGCAGCUUCGAGGACCUCGUAGUCAAGUCCCCAAAGUCCCAAAGUCGGCCCACACCUGCCCGCAGUGCCCAGCCUCCUACAGGGACUGUGAUGCUCUAAUCAUGCAUCGUCUAAGGCACAUCGAGGGCAAGCACUGGCCAUGCCCGCUCUGCAGUAAGACCUUCUUUCGACUGAGGAAUGUACGGAACCACAUCCACACCCACGACCCCAAGUUGUACAAAUGCCGGAGCUGCAUUGUCGCUGGUUCCUGAGGAGAGUUUGCCAGCUGGAGGGUCUGCUCAAGCAGCGAGAAUGAGGAUGAGAGAAGUCUGUCUGAGUGUGUGACACCAGUGAACAGACUGAAGAGAAAGGCACAUGAUCGAUCAGCAGCUUGUACAUAAUGGACCUGUCAUACACAAGCACAGCGGUCUGUGGGAAGGCACAAUCUCUCUGAUUCUAAUCAUUGCCUUAUGUCAAUGAUCGCUAAUGUUAUUUAAAUAACCAAACCAAGGUUGCUGUUCCUGUUUGCGUUUCCGUAGCUACAAAAGGUUAAACUUGAACAUUACACUCAGGGGGGAGGGGCAGGGAAUGUGAUGCCACGGUAUAAAGUGAUAUAACAUCACGGUUGUGUAUAAAAUGAAAUGUAAAGUGAUUGUUUUAACUAUUACUGCUACGUAUUGUUAUGAUUAUUUUUCUAUGUAUAGAUGAAUUUUGAGUGCACUUAUAGCUUAUGUUGUCAACCUAAGAGGUGGUAGUGAAGUUGAAAGUUUGGAGUCCACAGCGGGAGUACUUGAAGUGAUACAAGCGUCAGAGGAAAUGCUUGAAGCUGUCUUAGGAGUGUCCUUUGGGUGUUUCAGUGGGUCUUUGUCCUUUUGGUGUGCUAACUUUUAAAAUGACCGGUCUCUCCCUCUUUUCGUAUCGAACUGCUAGUCUCACAUAAUCCACGAGUUGGGCAUUUAACUCGGGGCUAUUAACAAUGACACCACUGCAUGUGUAUUUGCAGGCCAUUUGUAGAUAACUGUCUUUUUCUAAGGCUGCCAAUUUUAAAAAGGGAAAUGCAUCUCGUUUUUAAUGUGAAUUUCUAAACGGUAAUCAACAAAGCUGCGUCAUUACAGGUUUCAUUGUUUUAUUGAUCUCUUCUUCCACUUUAAUCCACGAAACAGACCCUCAACGUCUAGUUCUACUUCAAAUUUCCCUCCUACUGAUUAAAUGCAAUGUGUGCACAUGAAGAGAUGUCUAUGGCUCACAAACAGAUUUUUCGAAAUAAAUGAGCUGUCUUGCUAUCUGUCAAAAGACUGAAUAAAUUUUUGCCUUUUAUAUCCUGUUAUUCUUGCUUUAAUUGCAUAUUUGAUAUGUACUAUACCCUCUAAGUGAAAGGAACAA